AUGAAAAUCCGAUUCUUUGCCGCUGCCACUUUGGCAUUCCUAUACGCUUCACCAGUACUGGGCGUUGCUCUUGCAAACCCAUACCCUCAGGAUACAGAGGUUACAGUCGACGGUUCUGAUGGCGAAGUCGUUGAUGUAACAGAAUCGACUCCAGAGGAUGCUCCUCCUCAAGACGAAAACCCCCCAGAAGAACCUCCUCAGGAUGGCCAACCUGAGGGCGGCGAACCAGCACCACCUCCCGAGAAUGCCGAAGCGCCUCCGGCUCCAGAAGCCGAGCCCUCGGGCGACCAAGCCCAGAAUAAAACCGAAAACGAAAUUAGUCCCCUCCCUGAGAUCCCCGGGAUUACAAUGAACCUAGGUGACGAUGGGCAAAGUGCUAUAGUUCAAGCACAAACCCCGGGAGCAGAUGCAGAGGACACUUCAAAAGCUGCAGCUGAGGGAGCAAACGCCCUGAAUAAUCUCGGACAAUUGGCAAAUACUGUUGCUGAAGCCGACGAUGCCGUUGCCAAAUCAACUGACAUUUUCGAGAUGACGAUAACAUUCACAGGUCCUCGAGGCAAGCUGGAAUCUAAUAUUGGUAAACUACCGCAAACAAAUGGAAGGCUAGAUAAUCUGAAUGUUUGCCAAGCUGGUACAAUGGCAUGGGUCGAUGAGAUACCACGAGAAACUGUCACUCUUUCCAUGGGGAAAACUGAACGUCUUGGAACUGACGCUCUCGCCUUCAGGGAUCCUGCCUGCGAGUCAAGGAUUGAUAUCGGGGAUGUGUGGCCACCAGAGAAUGACAGACCAGCAGCUAAUCCGGUGGUUGCGGAUGGGGACCGUUAUCCUGUUUAUUACAAGCUUAUGGGGCUUACGGAAGGUCAGCUAUUUGGACUUGAGCCAUUGGCCGACGGUACUUAUCUCCCAAAACUUAAAGCAGACGCUCCUACUUCAGCCGAAGCUGCAUAA